AUCCUCUUGACGAUUGUAAGGACAGUUGGGCCUUAGCCAGGGGUAACUAAUUCACAUGAAGAGAGCUUAACGGGGUACCCAAGAAGAAGAAAAAUACAACUUGGUCUAAAUGGAUUCUUUCCACAGGCACGUGGCUCGUGAAUAACACCCCCCUGAGUAUACACAGGACUUAAAACCAAGUGCGGGGGGGGGGGGAGGCUCUCUGGCAGCACUGCCCACUCCCAACAGCGGAUUUGGUCCCUGGACAAGAGCACCAUGGAUCGACACAAGAUCCCCCGCACCAAAGAACUGGAAUUCGGGGGUGUUCUAGGGGCUGCCUGCCUCCUCAUCCUGUUGCCUGCCACCGUCUUCGUCCUGCUACUGACGUGUGGGACAGAGCAGGCCAGUCUCUUGAACUUCACUUGGCCUCUGCCCACGCUCCACUCCCUAUGGAACCCCCAGGACUUUGUGCUGGUCUUAGCCUGGGUAGGGCUGCAGGCUCUGCUGUACAUGCUCCCUCUGGGGAAGGUCACUGAAGGGACUGUUCUUCGAGACAAGAGCCGGCUCACGUACCGUAUUAACGGGAUACAUGCCAUGUGGAUCACAGCGUUGUUGGUGGGGGUCGGCAUGGCUGCAGGGUUGCGCCUCAGUUACAUAUACGACCAUUUGCUACAGCUCGCCUUCUCUGCGUCUGUUCUUGCUUUUGGACUCAGCAUCCUCCUCUACCUCAAAGCCCUCCUCGCCCCUGGGACAGGGCUGGCUCCAGGCGGGAAUUCAGGAAACCCCAUUUAUGACUUCUUCAUAGGCCACGAGUUGAACCCACGCAUCGGUACCUUUGACCUUAAGUUUUUCUGUGAGCUGCGCCCGGGUCUCCUUGGAUGGGCCCUGAUCAACAUGGGCAUGUUAGUGAAGGAGACAGAGCUGAGGGGAAAUCCUUCCUUGGCCAUGAUUCUUGUUAAUGCCUUCCAGCUGCUCUAUGUAGUGGAUGCCUUUUGGAAUGAGGAGGCCAUCCUCACCACCAUGGACAUAGUUCAUGAGGGUUUUGGCUUCAUGCUGGCUUUCGGGGACCUGGCUUGGGUGCCCUUCCUGUACAGUCUGCAGGCCUAUUUCCUGGUCACUCAUCCGCAGAAGCUGAGCCUGCCUAUAGCUGGAGGCAUCAUCCUGCUAAAUGGCCUUGGCUAUUCUGUCUUCCGCAGCGCUAACUCACAGAAGAACACUUUCCGCAGGAAUCCGGCUGACCCCAAAGUAGCUGGACUCAAAACCAUCCCCACAGCCACUGGGCGGCGUCUGCUGGUAUCAGGCUGGUGGGGGCUUGUGCGGCACCCCAACUAUCUGGGGGACCUCAUCAUGGCUUUUGCUUGGUCCCUGCCCUGCGGCAUCAGCCACAUCCUGCCUUAUUUCUACGUCCUCUACUUUACCUUGCUUCUGAUCCACCGGGAGGCCAGGGACGAGCACCAGUGCCUGAGGAAGUACGGCCUGGCCUGGCAGGAGUACUGCCGCCGAGUCCCUUACCGGAUCUUCCCAUACCUUUACUGAGUCGCUGCUUGGCUGGUUAGCCCUCUAAUCACAUUGACAACACACAUCCAUCACCUCCCUUCUGGGUGGCUACAGGGAAGCUCGCACCAAAACGGCCUGGUUGCACAAGACAAAGAGGGGCCACUGUCUUCGCAGGGUCCCACAGCAGCCGCAUAGAACCCCUGCCGGUCUGUUUCCAGAUAUCUGAGCAUUGUUUCCACGGAAUGAAAGACCAUUGCCUUCACAGCCAAGAUGGCUGACUCCGCCCAUGGAAAAAUCCACAUUUCCCAGUCAGACAUUGUGAGACUACUUGCAUCUGGAAAUUACCAUUUUUUUAAACCAAACCUGAAUAUGUACAUAUCUAACCCAUAGAUGGCUCAUGGACAGGGCUGGGUAGACCCUGUGCCCAUCACAAAAUAUUCUAACCUUACAAAGAAACACAUUCUAUGACUGGAAUUAGUUUAUGCAGAUGUGUUAGUUUUU